AUGGUGUUUAUAGUCGCGUUCCCGGCCGUGGCCAUGCUGGCCAUGUUUAUCGUGCUGGUCAUCAUGCUGAUCCUGCGCUUCGGUGCACGGUGUGGUCUACGCCACCACGCCCUGCCCGACGAUCAGGAGCUGCGCGAUAAGGCGUACGAUCAGAAGGUCAGCUAUGCAUGACCCCUAUGAAUGCACCACUGGCCGGUGCAUUCAUGGGUGUAUCGUAUCGACCACAAUCCUGCCUUCCAACCGUCGCUGUGCGGGGUCUUAUUGCAUUUUAUACAAUUUCUCGAAUAUUUUUCCACCAGAUAGCAUGUAAGAGACAUUGUAGAAUGGCCACCGAGGAGUGUUUUUUUAAAGCGUUCAAGGUAGAAUAGUCCUUCCAUAUCCUCUCGCGAGCUCCAUCCAUUAGAGUAAGAUUUUAUUUUCUCUACUAAAACAUGGAAACGUUUCCGUCCGACACGAUAGGUAGGAGCUGCAUUUUUGCACAACGAUCGCCGCACAAUCGUCACAAUCUAUACUCGACGCCGUAGUCUCUAUUGAGGUCCUUUUAAGUAACCCUUCGAGCCCAAUGUUAACCCAACACGCACAGCAAUAAAAGUAA